GCAAACGUUUCUGUGCAGACAAUCAAUUUUUGUUUAUUGGACAUAUUUGUUGUAUUUUCUGACAUGUGUUGAGAUUUGGCAUGGGGAAAGUUUUUACUGUUGCCUUCUGGUAUAACAAGUUGAAUAAAUGAAUGUUGAUCUUAUAAAAAACAUCCCAUAUGACAAACUCCGCUGGCUUUCCCUUGGUAAGUGAGUUUCACUUAGCAGUUCUCUAGCUGGGAUAUUUUUCUUUUCACCACCACCACCGGUGUUGUUUUCUUCCAAGGUUUAAACAGUUGCAGCUAUGGGAGCAAACCAGUCAGACUGCAUUCUAAUAGAUGACUUCUUUAGGCAUACUCACACUUUGUUUUCUCACUGCAUGGUACGGGUCUGGGAGCAAAAUAUGCUUGAAUACUUUAUAAAUCUUUUACCUUUUUACCACAUAUAAUUUUUCCACUCAGACCUAUGCAGGUCAGACCAAAGGACACAUUUUAAAAAGAUAACACCAGAUGGAAGAAAAGAUGGAAAACAGUCUUGAAAAAACAGGAAGUGCAACCUUACCAGAGGAGAGAAUUGUCCUGAUUGGAGGCCGAUGGGCAGGAAAGAGCUGGUCUGGUAACACUAUUCUGAGGGGGGAAAGGUUUCAAUAUGGACGAGUCAGAACAACUCAGGUAGAAGUUAGGCAUGGAGAGGUGGAGGGCAGGAAGCUGACUGUGGUCGAUGCUCCAGGAUGGAGCAGCUGUCUCUCCCUCACCGACAUCCCAGAAGGGGAAAAACAAAGUUUUAAACUAUACGCUUCCAAGAGUCCGCCUGGUCCACACGUCUUCCUCCUGGUCCUCCCUAUAGACUCAGCUUUCACACAGGAGCAGAGGACCACUCUAGAGGAGCACAUGAAGCUUUUGGGAGGGCAGGUUUGGCGAUUCACCAUGGUGCUGUUCACCUGUGGAGAUUAUCUUGGGGAGAAGACGAUAGAGCAGCACAUUGAGAGUGAGGGAGAGGCACUCAAAUGGCUAAUAGGGAGGUGUGGGAACAGGUACCAUGUGUUCAAUAACAAGGACGAAGCUAACUUGUCUCAGGUCUCAGUACUGCUGGAGAAGAUAGACGAGAUGAUGAAGAACAAUGGUGGAGCAUCUUUCAAAACAGAUGAACAGACUUUUCAGAUCAUCACAGAAAAGCAAGAAGAUGUCACCAGGAGGGCUAAAGAGAGACAGACACAUAUGGAGAAGCAAAGACAACAAAGGAUAAAACUUAUUCCAGAAGAAAAGAAGACGAUCCCAAAACUCCAAAUGAUUCUCUUGGGUAGCCGAAAUGUUGGGAAAACCUCAGUGGGGAACACCAUCUUAGGCUGCAAAGACCAAGAAGGUGGAAAACGGACAGCGAACUCAGUGGUUAAAAGGGGGUUUGUAGGUGAGACGGAUGUCACUCUCAUCGACACGCCAGGUUGGUGGAAAGGCUUCCCAGCCUGGGACACUCCAGAAAUAAUUAAAGAAGAAAUAAUCCACAGUAUGUGUCUGUGUCCUCCUGGACCUCACAUCUUCCUGUUAGUGAUUGAUGCUCAUGCAUCUUUCCACAACAUACACUUGGAAGCAGUUACAUCACACCUGGAGCUUCUCGGAGAGGGAGUGUGGAAACACACGAUGAUAGUUUUUACUAGAGGAGAUUGGCUGGGAGCAAAAUCCAUAGAAGAGUUCAUUGAAGGAGAAGGGGAGGCCCUACAGUGUUUAGUGGACCGAUGUGAAAACAGAUAUCAUGUCAUCAGUAACAAGAAUGCAAAUGAUCGUGAACAAAUUACAGAAUUGAUGAAGAAAAUCACUGAAACUGUGGCUGAAAAUAGUUGGAACUAUUUUGCUCCGGACCAGCAACUGCUUGAUCGCAUUAAAGAGAAGCGGAAAUGCGUGAAGGAGGCAGCAUUGCUGAGGCAAAAACAGGUCAACGCCACGAGGGAUUCUGCAGGAAACAGGGUUAGGCUGGAUGCAUUGAAGGUUGUUCUGCUUGGGCAGAAGACUUUUGGGAAGAGUGCAACAGGAAAUACAAUCCUGCGUAAAGAUGUGUUUGCGACCUGUCAGAAUGAGCAGAACAGGGAAGAGAAUGGGGUGGUAGCUGGCAGACAGGUCACUGUAAUCGACACCCCGGGUUGGUGGAGAGAGUCGUCCCGCUGGACCGAAGUAUUGGACAAAGAAAUAGCUCGAGGCCUGUCUCUUAGUCCGUCAGGUGUGCAUGCAGUUCUGCUGGUGGUUCCUUUAAUCCCAACAUUUGGAUAUCCACAGCAAGUUGCCGUGAAAGAACACAUGAACCUUUUUGAUGCCAGGAUCUGGAAACACACGAUAGUUGUGUUCACGCAUGGAGACGAACUAGCAGACAGGUCAGUCGAGGAGCACAUUGAGAGUGAGCAUCAAUCUCUGCGCUGGUUGGUGGACCAGUGUGAGAACAAGUACCACACCAUAAACAAUAUGAAGAGAUGUAAUAUGACUCAGGUUACAGAGCUGUUUGAGAAGAUAGAGGAAAUGGUGGCAGGAAACGGAGGCCAGCUGUUCUGCCCUGCCAUGGAGGAGACCCACCAAAGAAUCUGGGAGAAAGCCCAUAGGAAUCAGCUGAAAAUCGUACUGAAGCAACGUCUGGCGAGCGAGUUCAAAAGGAGAGAGCUGCAGCUCAUUAUGGGUUUCAGGCAAACCCUACAAGAUCUCCUCGCAGACAUUCAAGCAUCUCCAGUGGCCACUAAACCCAGAUUUUUCAUUGGUGAUAUGACCAACAAAAAAUACCAGGUUACUGAAUAUAGGAAGAAAGGAGAGGAGGAAAAAUUAGAAGCCAAAAUCAGCAGGGAAAUCGAAAAGCUGGAUGAGGAGAUAAUGAAAUCCCCAACUCUCCAAAGCAGCAUGGACAUCUUGGUUCCUGAUUUUGCAGCCGACAGCCCAGCACAGUUUUGGUCUUUGUCAGAUCAGAAAAUAUCCGAUAGCAACUUUGACAAAGUUCUGGGUUGGCUCUCCAACCUUCACGUCAGCACAAAUAUGGACAACCAGCUGACUGUCAACUUCUCUGAGACAUCAGGAUACAGAUCUGUGCUAUCACUGGACUUUGACAGUGGCUCCAUCAUCAAUGAUUAGGUUCAUAAAAAACUUUAUUAAUGCAGAAAAUGGACAAUGGGGAUAAUGACUUUACGGUUUGAUCCUUGUAAUGAUCAAGAAGGGCAAAUGUUCACUCUUAUACCUCAAGCUAAAAUUGUUUUGUCUGGAGUUUUUAUUUUGAAGGAUACAACAGAGAUUUUACUCAGUUCAAUACACCAUUUAAAUGAUUAGCUGAUUAAUUUACAAUGUGACUUAUGGAGUCAAAGUAACAAACUUUACUUUCACUAUAAGAACUGUAUUAAGUUCUAUCAUGUGCUGUAUCAAAGUUCCUAUUUGGUUUAAGCUAAAUAGAUUUUAAGAUAAGUUGAUUAAGACAACCUGAAUGGAAUCAGAUAUCUUGAAGAUAAAUGUUAGAAUAACGACAAAUUGUGAUUGAAAAGAUAUUCUAAAUGUUGCUUCUGAUUCAGAUCUGGUUACUAUAAUAGAAGGAAAACACAUUUGAUUUGUUUUUCUAUUUACAAACAAGCAGAUCAUAAAUAUGCUUGAUAUCACAGCUUUCAUUUGUUUUCCUUUAACCGCUGUUAUCAGAUCGCUUUAUUCAAAACUAGGCCCCAUAAUAUACAGAAAGCACCCCAAACACACAGAACUCUCUUCCAUGACUUUUCCUCAGCCAGAGACAUCUUACAGCAAACUGAAAACAUUGAUCUCUAUGGCAACCCAAUCAGUAUAUGUAUCAGUAAGCUUCUGAACUUCAGUCUCAAAACUCGUUGAAUUCUUUGACGCAAGGAACAAAAAGACCAGAAGGAUGUUCUCUGCUCCUUCAACGCCCAUUGUGUCUGAGUGGCCUUCAGACUCAGAAAUCCUCCCCACAGAGUGUGUUUUUGUGGUGCAGAGCAGAGUCAAGUCCCCUUUUAGUUGUCGCUACACUGGAGAAAAAAAAGCAACAUCACUCACACUGCUCCAAUCCCUGACCCCAGGCACCUGGUCCUUGGUGACAGCUACUCUAUUGUUGCAGUAACAAUGGAGGAUGUGGCCAGCUACUGGAGUGAAGCAGAGCAAAGGUGCUUCAGGUCACACUGAAUGUGGAAGCUGAGCAGCAGUUAUCAAACCUGUAGGUUUCUACUACCAGCAGAACACACAAACAUUGCAUAGUAUUAAAUUCACCUCUAAUGACAACUAUACAGAAGUUGAGCUUAACAUAACUAAUGGUUCAAUACAAGCUAUUAAUUAGCAGAUAAACAUGCAGUGAUAUGCAGGUUAUCCAAUUUAAAAAUACUGCUAACACUUUAGUAGUGUCUACACUAUAAAUGAGGUGAAAAUACUGACCUUCCUCUCAGAGCUGACCCUCCUGACUCCCAGCAACAGUAAGAUAUUCAGGAAGGAGCAUUUCACUUUCCAGUGCAUCUGAAUACCUCAUCUGGUGGGAAGCUGAGGCAUUUCUCUAGUCAAUCAAAACAGAUGUGCUGACCACUAGAUAGUGCUGCUGUUGCAUAUAAAUAUGAGGGUUUGUGUAGGUGCCGAGGAAAAGAGCAGUUUGGUUAACAUGAGCAUUUAUGAGGCUCUGGGGCAGAGGUGAACACUUGGUGAAAUGGUAUUUUGUCUCAUUGUUCUCAAAGAUGUCUUUCAAGGAAAGAAACAAUAAAUCCCUUGUAUGGUAA